AUGUGGGCGGCGAGAAACGGCCAUAUGGAGGUGUGCGAGGAGCUGGUGAAGAGAGGGGCCGAUGUACGCGCGGCCAACAAGUUGGGUAUCUGCUGCCUACAUUGGGCUGCUUGGGGCGGAUCGCUUGAUGCCGUCGCUUUCCUCUUGGACAAGGAAGCCGACAUCAACUCCGUGUGCCAUGCGGGUUGCAAUGUAGCAGUUUGGGCUGCGACAGCCGGCUCCUACGAAAUGUGCGUGUGGUUACAUGAGAAGAGAGCUGACUUCGCAUCCACCAACAAGAAUGGACAUGGAGUUCUGAACAAAAUCGCCUGGCGAGGGCACAGCGAAAAGCUUGCUGGUUGGAUGCUGAAUCUGGACGGCGUCGAACCACAGCUUUUCGCGCGCGACUGGGAGAACGAGCUUCCUUUGGACAGGGCCGCCCGGCAACUGAUCCGCCCGGCAGUGACCUUGCAGAAAGAUGGCGAGUUCGAGGGUGGAGAGUUCUGGGAGGCACACGAGGAGCUGCUGAAGCGAGCCUGGCAGGAACAUGGGCCGCUUCACGCUGACUUGUACAACUUUGGCCCUGUCUUUGAACGCAGAUACCUGAGCCCCAAGCUGCGCGCUGCAGUCCGGCUGGCACGGGAAGAAGGCAGAGAAGAGGCACUCCAAGGGCUUUUCGAGGAAAUCUUGCCUGGCGUGUUUGCCAGCGAAGAUAUCUUCAGCGCGGCCUUUCGCAAGGACUUCUUGGAGGAGCUCGAAAGAAUAAAUUCCGCUGGCAUACCAACAAGGAGGCCGAACGGGAUGAAUAGAUACGGCGUGAUUCUAGAUCAGAUCGGAUUCGAGAAGGUUUUAAACGGCCUUGUGGACAACUACAUCAAGCCGCUGGGAGGAAUGCUUUUUCCCGAGCUGGUAGGUGCGCAUGAUGCCGACGAGCACUAUGCGUUUACAGUGAAAUACGAGCCCAUCGGCGACACUGAACUAGCAAAGCACGGAGACGCCUCCGUGGUCACGUUGAAUCUCUGCCUGGGCCCCACGCGCUGGGAGGGGGGCGCGCUGCGCUUCUUCGAUUCCGGUGGCUCGGGGAUCUACGCGCUGCCGAAGGGGAAUGCCUCGGCAGGCUCUGGCGAUGUCAACUUUCGCCCGGGCCAGGUGCUCAUUCACCGCGGUCAGCACAAGCAUCAAGCUCUGCCGCUGCUGUCAGGGCAGAGGUCGAACUUGAUUAUCUGGCUGCAUGCGGAACACGGCGUGGUGCGGGUGGCUCCCUAUGCCCCGGAGCAGCAGCUGACGCCACAGCAGCGGUGGCAACAGCCUCCGCCUUUUCGGCUCGACCUCUGA